UUUUGACGAGUUAAGGGCUCUCUUCCCACUCUUCCACCUUGCAAAGCAAUGGGUUAAUUACCCAGUAUGGAAUUUCCAGAUUGUUCAAAUCCUUGAAUCGAUUCUAAAAAUCCCUCGGUGACUGUGGGUGUAGCAGUACUCUUGCAGAUAAUCAUCUGUGAAAGAGAGUGCUGUGGUUGGUGACGCUUGUUUAAAAGGAAAGCUUUGCGAGCGUUCAGGCUCAUUACGGUGGCCCAAUCAGCGGUGGUAGCAGAGCACAAUGAGGAGGUUUCUCACAGAAUAUGGUUUCCAGUUUCCGAGUCUCAGAACUUCAAGUGCUAUUAGGUUUUGCUGGACGUAACAAAAGUGGUCGUAAACAUGAACUCCUCGUAAGAGCACUACACCUAUUAAAGAGUGGCUGUAGUCCUGCCGUUCAGAUCAAGAUUAAGGAACUGUACAGGCGACGCUUUCCUAGAACAAUUGAAAGCCUUGCUGACUUGACGGCCAUAAAAUCUUCUGUUUUCUCUUUGGACAAUAACCUCUCAACUGACUCUGAGCUAGGGUCAGGCAUUGCACAGUCUUCGUCAUCCACGUCAGCCCCUGCUCAGCCCUCUUCUCCACUUGUUAGCCCAGUGUUACUACAUGAGACGAAGCCCAAUAUAGAAAUGCAAGAGGCUUCUCCCUCCAUUCAUCCUGUCCAUCCAGAUGUCCAGUUGAAAAGCAUACCCUUUUAUGAUGUCCUGGAUGUGCUUAUUAAACCUACAAGCCUAGUGCCAUCAAAUAUUCAACGAUUCCAGGAAAAAUACUUUAUCUUUGCAUUGACGCCUCAGCAAGUAAAAGAAAUAUGCAUUUCUAGGGAUUUUCUGCCGGGUGGAAGACGAGACUACAUUGUGCAGGUGCAGUUGAGGUUUUGCCUUGCAGAGACGAGCUGUCCCCAGGAAGACAAUUAUCCUAAUAAUUUAUGCAUAAAAGUAAAUGGAAAACUAUAUCCAUUGCCAGGGUUUACGCCACCAGUUAAAAACGGUGUUGAACAGAAACGACCGGGUCGGCCUUUAAACAUCACAUCACAAGUUAGACUCUCAUCAGCUGUGCCCAAUCAGAUUUCGGUUUCUUGGGCACCGGAAAUGGGAAGAAAUUAUUCUGUGUCUGUGUUUCUGGUGAAGCAGCUAACGUCAGCUGUGUUACUACAGAGGCUAAGAAGCAAAGGCAUCAGGAAUUCUGACCACUCCAGAGCACUCAUUAAAGAGAAGCUGACUGCAGAUCCUGAUAGUGAAAUUGCAACCACAAGUCUCAGAGUCUCAUUGAUGUGUCCAUUGGGGAAGAUGCGCCUGACGGUCCCUUGCCGUGCUGUCAGUUGUACACAUCUACAGUGCUUUGAUGCUGCACUCUACCUUCAAAUGAAUGAAAAGAAGCCCACGUGGAUUUGUCCAGUCUGCGAUAAAAAGGCAUCCUAUGAGAGUUUAAUAAUAGAUGGAUUGUUUAUGGAAAUCCUGAAUUCUUGUACUGAUGUAGAUGAGAUUAAGUUUCAAGAAGAUGGCUCUUGGUAUCCAAUGAGGCCCAAGAAGGAAUCUUUGAAACUAACCAAUUCACAAUGUACAAAAGUUGAACUUGCAUCAGGUUCGACAGUCACCAACAAGACUGGUUCUGCUGUGCCAACCAGUGAACCAAGUAGCAAUAAAAAAGUUGAGGUCAUAGAUCUGACAAUUGAUAGUUCCUCCUCGGAAGGGGAGGAAGAACCUCCGCUGAAAAAAAGGUGCAUAUAUCCUUCUGACACUGAAGAAACUGCCAAUAAAAGUGUUCUGGCUUAUCAGCCGUCUUCCGUUCGGUUGCCAAAUGUUACAAGUGUCGAUACAAGUUUCCUGCCUCAGUUAGCAGAUUAUCCAGCCACAUUCCAUCACUCAACAAUGGCAGCUCUUCCCCCUGAGAUUCAAAAUUUGGACUUCUUCUCAUUGUUUCAGAAUGAUCCUCAGUACUGUCAAUCUAUAUUCCUGGACAAUCUCUCUUCUGCUGUGGGAGCACCGACAAUGACGCCCACCACCGUUGGCGGAAGCAUCAUCUCGUCCACUCAGCACCAUGAGGGCAACAGCAGCAGCCGCACAGAAACCGGGGUGGUAGCAGGAGGCGGGGCACCAGCCGGCAGCAUCCCGGACAUCAUCUCUUUAGACUGACUGCUUUCACGGACUUUAUCUUUUUUUAUUCACUUGCUGCAACAGGAGGGGUGGGAUUGGAGGAGGAAUGGGGAAAUGGCAAUCAUGCUGCAGCCAAGGACCUGGACAUUCUUCACAAGGCUGCCUCUUUAUUUUUGUUUUUAAAUACCAAGAGCCUUGUUGACUAUCAGCAUUCAGUGAGACUUGCCCUGUACGACCCUCCCUUAUAUGGGUAUGGAAACAAGAAAGGACGACAAAAAUUGAGAAUUUAAGUCUGAAAUCUUGCCUGAAGUACCUGACCAAAGUGAACUUGCGGUACAAUGAAAGCAGAAGACAAGAAAAAACUGACAUUUGUUCUGUUGCAAUUAAUGUAAUGUUUUAUUAACGACCACAAGUGAAAAUAGCAGUGAUUAUUUUUUCUUCGGCCAGGUGCCUGGCUAUCCACAGCUCUCUUUUAAAUAUACAUUAUCUCCAUGAAACUUUGAAUCAUUGGUGCUGAAUUGUGAAAAGCAUUAUAUCCUUGGCCACUCCUCAACCAUAUCCUGUUGUUGAGGAUAAAUACUGUAAAUCCUGACUCAAAUGCAAUAACUGAGCCAGAAGUUAACAUCUUUGGAUAAGGCAUUGUAUUAAUCAGUUCUGAAAUUUAAUUCUUUAAUGAUUAAAUUUCUUAUAAACUUGUAUCAUGUUUCCAGGAUGGCAAAAAAAAAUUCUUUAUAUGGUAUCCAUUCUUUUUUCAGUCUGAACAGUUUUCUAAUUUUAAAAUGGUGCACAAUUACUUAAGGCUGGCAAAGAAAUGAAUUUCAAACAUCCCUUCCACCAGUCAUUGUUUUGCACAGAUAAUGUAAUGCCAAUAUAACCUGUAGGACUGCUGAUACUUUAAACUCAUCUUUAUCUUUGACUUAUUUGUGCAGGAAUAAAUAAUCAUUUUUAAUGUUAAUGAUUAUUGUUUGCUACUUGACAAUAAGGCAUUUUUUGUAGAGUUGGUUGUGCCAUAAGCUGAUAUUCAGCUUUCCUAUUUUCCUAUCAACCUUUGAUUAAGACCUUAAAACAGGAGCAGAACUGCUCCACCAUUCCAUUAUGGCUGACUUAUUAUCCCUCUCAACCACAUUCUCCUGCCUUCUUUCCUUAAUCUUUAACAUCUUGUCUAAUCAACCUUUGCUUUAAAUAUACUCAAUGACUUGGCCUCCACAGCUGUUUGUGGCAAUGAAUUCCACAGUUUCAUCACCCUCAGGCUAAAAAUUCCUACUCAUCUUUCUUCUGAAUGGAUGUUCCUCUAUUUUGAGGCUCUGCCCUCUGUUCCUAGACUCCUUCACUAUAGGAAAUAUACUCUCCAUGUCUACUCUAUUUAGUCCUUUCACUAUUCGAUAGUUUCCAAUGGGAUUGCUCCCUCAUUCUUCUAAAUUCCAGCGAGUACAGGCCCAGAGCCAUCAAGCCCUUCUCAUGCAUUGAGCCAAUCAUUCCUGUGAGCCUCCUCUGGACCCACUUCAAUGCCAUGAUGUCCUUUUUUAGAAAAGGAGCCCAGUCUUACCAUUAUUUUUGCAGGUAUAAUCAUUUUUAGUGUUAGUGAUUAUUGCUUGCUUCUUGACAAUAAGGGACAUUAUAAGACCAUAAGACAUAGGGGCAGAAUUGAGCCAAUUGGCUCAUAGAGUUUGCUCUACCAUUCAAUCAUGGCUGUUCCUUUUUUCCCCUCCUUCUCCCUGUAACCUUUGAUGCCAUGUCUGAUCAAGAACCUAUCAAGCUCUGAUUUAAAUACACCUAACGACCUGGGCCUCUAGAGCUGCAUGUGGUAACAUAUUCCACGAAUUCACCACCCUCUGGUUAAAGAAAUAUCUCCACAUCUCUGUUUUAAAUGGACACCCCUCUAUCCUAAGGCUGUGGCCUCUUGCCCUGGGCUCCCCCUCCAUGGGAAAAGUCCUUUCCACAUCUAGGUUGUACUCUGUCUAGCCUUUUCAGUAUUCGAAAGGUUUCAAUGAGAUUCCCCCCUCAUCCUUUUAAAUUCAAGUGGGUACAGACCCAGAGCCAUCAAACGUUCCUUGUAUGAUAACCCUUACAUUCCUGGAUUUAAUCUUGUGAACCUCCUCUGCACCCUCUCCAACACCAGCACAUCUCUUCUUAGAUGAAGAGCCCAAAACUGUUCAUGAUACUCAAGAGGAGGCCUCACCAGUGCCUUAUAAAGCCUCAGCAUCACAUCCCUGCUGUUGUAUUCAUGACCUUUUGGAAUGAAUGCUAACACUGCAUUUGUCUUCCUCACUAUUGACUCUGCUUGUAAAUUAACCUUCAGGGUGUUCUGCACGAGGACUCGCAAGUCCCUUUGCAUCUCUGAUUUUUGGAUUUUCUCCCUGCUUAGUAAAUAACUUCCAUUUAUUUCUACUACCAAAUUGCAUGACCAUGCAUUUUCCAACAUUGUAUUUCAUUUGCCACUUUCUUGUCUAUUCUCCUAAUCUGUCUAUUGCUUUCCUGUUUCCUCAACACUACCUGCCUCCUCCACCAAUCUUCGUAUCGUCUGUAAAGUUGACAAAAAAGCCAUCUAUUCCAUUGUCUAAAUCAUUGAUAUACAGCUUAAAAAGAAAUGGUCCCAAUCAUAGGACAAUUUACAAUAACCAAUUGAAGUACUAACUGGUAGGUCUUUGGACUGUAGGAGGAAACUAGAGCACCCAGAGGAAGCCCCAAUGGUCAGGGGGAGAAUGUACAAACUCCUUACAAAGGGUGUCGGAGUUGAACUCUGAACACCGACACACUGAACUGUAAAAGCAUCGUGCUAACCACUGUACUACCAUGGUGGCUAUCGUGACUUAAAUAAAAGAUCAGUGCCCUUUUUUCCUCUAUACAUAAAAAGCUCGGCAGUAUUGUAUCACACUGUGCACAUGUGAAUUCAAAAUCCAAAAUGAGAUGAAGAGUCCUUGAAAGGGAAUCCAUAGGUUGUGGGAAAAUGCUACAUUAGGAAAUUCCAUCUGGCCCUUCAGAAACUGAAUGCAUUGCAUUUGAAACCAAUGUAAUAAAUGAUCUGGGUUAUGAACCUUGGUGUAAGUACUGUAUUCAACUCAGGCUAAAGAGGAUCACAUCUCACUGCUCACAGUGCUAGAAGAUGUAACAAUUAUAUUCACUGUAGUUCAGACACCAUCCUUCAGGGAAGACUCAGGCAAGUAUGUAGAAUUCCAGGAAAAAUGAUUAUUUUUUGCUCACUUGGCUAUUUGUGAUCAAUUCUUUAACACAUGCAUUUAAUGCAAGAUUGUGUCACAUUGCACUGAAUCAGACUAUUUUGCUUCUCUAUUAAUUGCUUUAUAAUAAAUCAAUUAGAAUGAGAAUCAGGUUCAAUAUCACUGGCACGUUGUGGAAUUUGUUUUGCGGCAGCAGUACAUUGUAAUUAAAAACUACAUUACAAUAGAAAGUAUAUAUUUUAAAAAAGAAACUUUGAUAAUGCAAAAAGAGAAAGAAAAUUUCAGUGGUAGUAUGUUAUGGUUGCAUUCUCCGUUCAGAAAUCUGAUGGCAGUGGGGAAGAAUUUGUUUUUCUGAAAUGUUGAGUUUAGGCUCCUGU